AGCACAGUGAAAGCGACCGGGCAUGGGUGUAAACGUGUUGGCUAUUGCCUAGUCUAGGCGGCCCAUGUCCACAACAGGACUUGGGUGUUACAAUGCCUAAUUUUGAGGCCCCCAGAAAAUCACUGGAACAACAAUGGGAUCCUGAAUUAGGGGCCCAGGCUCCCUAUGCAAUGAAUGGGGUGAGAGAGAGCAGUUUCUGGCAAGGCAAUCUACAAAAGGCAGCACCCUAGUUGCAGAGCUGCCGGCGAGAGGGGGAUUCACCCCACUCUCAGAGUUUGGGGUCUAAGUCCCCACAGCAGGGAAUUAUCUAUCUGUGUACGAUCCCCAGCUGGGACCCGGCUGCCUGGAGGCAGGUGGCUUAGCCAGCUACGCUGGUUCUAGUGAGAAUGAGUUAGGCGGGUGUUUGAUGCCACAUAAAAUGGCUGCUGGUGGGAACAGGCCUCCCUCAGAACCUUUAGGCCAGUGCUAAGGUUAUUUGCCCAGGCUGUGGGAACCCUGGCUUGGAUCCUCCCUCUACCUGAUGAUUUGAAGGGAUUUGAUCGGAGAUCUGCCACCUCUCAGUGGAGUGUUCUAACCGCUGGGCUAGAGAGUGAGUCUCAGGCUGUCUCCUUUGGCCCAAUUAAUAUUUCGUUAUUCAGCUGAAAGUGAAAGGCAGCUUCACCAGGAGAGAUUGAGACUCCCAUAGCCUGGCAGGAGCGCCCUGUUCAAAUGCCUUCUCGUCGGGCAAAGCGGGGAUCCGAGCCUGGCUCUCUCUAAAGACUGGGCUACAAGUUAUGAGGGAGUCAGCGUCUUCCCCCUCGGGCCGUUUUGUGUGGCGCUGGCCAGCCUCUGAGCACGCCUACCGGAUCAGGCCCCACUGGCACGAUAGGUGUUUUGCCUGUUGCCCCCAGGUUGUGGACUGCUCAGUGUGCAUGCCCAGAGUUGGAAACAUAGGUGUCUAGGAAACUUUUACAGUGGAAAUACAUGUGCUGAGUGAGUUUAGGGGCCUAAGUGGGUAGGCAGCAGCCAAGAGUAAGUCCAGCUUCCGCUGCAGAGUCUAAAGGGGCAGUGGAGAGACCAAACCUGUGCGUGUUGCACAUGCAGCUGUCUGGCUGAAACGCAAGCCUGGGGGGCUCGGUAGGGCUGAGCUUUCGCCUCAGAAUCCCACUCCCCAAAAAGGGACCAAAAAUCCCUACUGCAGGAGGUUUGUCCCUGUUGCAGCAGCAUUAGCAUUUAACCUGGGUCCCUGGCCUGAGGUUUUGAUCUAUGGGUGCAGGGAGGGCAGGCCGCCUGUACUCUGUUAUGGGGAAAACCAGCAGAGGAGGAAGAAAAAUGGAGAAGAUUUUGAGUCGGGGGACAAGAUCUUUUUGAGUGAUAUCCUGGCUUUGUGUAAGUCAACAACAAAACUCCCAAUGUACUAGAUCGCACCCGUGGCUUUUAAUUUAGUCCAACCUCUGGAGCGUGUGGCUGGUUUAAAGGUGCUUUGGCUCUGUCUAGCAAGUAAAAGAAGGGUGAAAACUUUCCCAGUGUUGGGCGUCACAGGUGGCCUGCCCCUUUAAGAGUGAGGGGGCCUGGAGCCAAUUAACCUGGCCUUGCUACAUCUGUGCAGGGUGUGGGACAGACACAGCAGUGGAAAUACCUAGGGAAAGCUGCUAGAAGUGGAUGGAUGGACCAGCUGAGGAAAAGAGCCAGGGGAUGUGUCCUCUGCUCCACCCUGAAGAGAGAGGGUGGCCAGAGGGGACAAUUAGCCUAAGGAUUAACAGCUGUGGGGGAGCUGGCUAAAGAGGAGGAAAGCCCAGCAAUCCAGGCUGGCUGGGGGAGGAGAGCGGAUAUGCUACUCCAGUCUGAAGCAAAUAGCUGGGCUUGUGCUGCUAAGUGGCUGAGACCUACUAGGUGCCCUUGGCAGAAAGGUAGACUUGCCCCAGCUGGCUGGGUUGAUGGGUGUGCAGGAGUUGGCUGUUAGACUGCGCUGGCUGUUCCUGCUGGCAGCCCGCCUGCCGGGAAGGGGGCUGAAGGCUGAGCCUAGCAAGGAAGAGGACUCUCUCAUGUUGAUAUUUUUGGACUUGGACUAACAGGGUCUGUUACCCAGAAGUGGUUAAAGGCUUUGAAGGUGCUUGGCUGGAGGGCAAGACACCUCUAUGGUGGGAGUAGGCUGAAGAUUGGUGUGGGGAAACUGAGGCAGAGCAGCUGCAAUGCCACACGGAGAUGCUCUGGGAUGGUGCAAGUGCAAAGCCUCCCAGCUAAGCGGAGAAUCGAGAAUAAGAAUCCACAGAGUAACCCAUUCCCACCGGAGCAAACAUCCCUUCCAGGUGUCAUCUUGAAACCCACACUGGCCUCCUGGGAUGCAGCUGUCUGGACGCUGUGCCAGGAGCUGCAGCAAGCGGGGAGAGAGAAUCAGAGUCUCGGUGAGCAUGUUGAGGACUUGACAAAGAGAGUGUCCACGAUGGAAUCCAGGCUGGCCGCUCUUGAGCGAACCCCACUCCCAGCCGUAGCUGGCCACCCCCCAGGCACUCUCCUGAUUCCCAAGGUAGAGGAGAUCCAGAUACCCCUGGCAGAGAUGGAUGAAAUGAGGGCAAUGGAUUGUGGGAGAAUUGGAACCAAUUUGCCAGCUGGACACCCUGAGGCUGUGGAAUCAGGAGAGGUUUCAUCUACCCCUGAGGGACAGUCCCCGCCCCAUAACCCUCCUGCAGCAGCCAGCAUACCCGACAGCUCCCUCCUGCGCAUCUCCCCGAAGGCGGACAGGAGACUGUUUGAGGAGGCUGAGGGCGACAUUGCCAAGUAUGCCCUGGCAGUGUUCAGACACAUGAUGCCAUGGGAUUAUUAUCAGCAGUGGCGGGGAAAGGCCAAUGUGUCUGGCACGCACCAGAAAGCUGCCCUGUCGCCCAAUCUGGUAAAUGCAGUGUUCAAAGCGGCAAAGAGAUGGAAGCCAAAGCUGGCAGGCAAAGACUAUAGUAACAUCAAAAUCCAGAUCAACAAGCUCAUGCGAUCCCGGAAGAGCAGAAGCCUGGUUGUGUCUACAGGGCAGAUGUAACAGCACAGCUCCCCCCAGUACCCGGGCUUUGGAUCCUUCCUAUAGAAGAGUUAAGAAAAUCCUGGGAAACCUAUCACCGCUGGGAAUCUCUCCAUGGCUCCAAGGGGAGCCGUGCCUGAGUUAUGACUGCAGGAUCAGGCACUCAGUGUUGUGCAUAUCUCAUGAGUUUGCUCUUUGGCAGGCCACAAUUUUAUCCCGAUUACAACAUGAAGGGGACAAGCAGUGCUGCGAAAAGAUAUUUACCACAUGUUGGUGAGACCUUCACUCUGCAUGGUGAUGAGCACAGUAUGGGUGCCUUAAAUAAAUUAGAUAGCUAAAGGGGUUUUUGCACAUUUAAUGGGGUUUAAGAAUGAUGUUUUAAAAAAAUCUCCUAGUAUUGUUACUGAUGUGUGUAGAGAAAUGGAAUCAUAGUGUGGCAAUAAGCACACAAGAAAUUAUCCUAAGAAGAACAGGCCCUAAAGACAUCAAAAUUAGUCAAAUGAAUGUGUGCAGAGCAACUGCAGUUCAGCUCACUGUGUCACUGUCUUAAUCCUGCUGGUUUGCUGCUUUAUGAUAAAUGUCUUAUCGGGGCGCUGGAACAAUUUGUGUAGUGGGCUUGGUGCUGAGAACCAUUGAACUACACUGUAAACCCUGAAUAUAAUAGAAUCCACUUCAAGCCAGAGGUGGGGCAGCACCCCCAGCAUCCCUAGUUCCAGUACCUAGGCAUCUUAUGGAAACUGUUCUUGUUUAAUAAAGUUCUGUCAAACUGCUCUCCAGCAUUCAGAAAUGUUUUAAGAUUUGUUACUUGGCAUCCCUCUAGCUCCAAGGAUCCUAAUUUAUGUGUGUACAGGAUGGGUUUUGGGUUUUUUUUUUUUUUUACCAGUAUGUAAUUUUAAGAAAAGUAAUAUUUUGUCAUAGGUGCAUCACUGAAAUGAAUUCCCUUGAAUUGUAUGAAAGCUUGUCAUUGUGGUGCAUAGCUCUAAUAAAAUACCUUCUCCAAUUUUUGUGGGAAAAUUUUGGGAACCCCUGUUAAUCCUGAGACGUUUAAUCCCACAACCUCCUGCCCAGAGGAUAUCAAUAUCAUCCCCAUUUCACACUGCAAAAACCUUUCAAAUGAAUGAAACCCCAGUGGAAAAAGUUCAGUAGCAGCCUGGAUAUUGCCACCAAAGCAAACAGCUGUGAAAAAAUUAUUAAUGAGGCCACUUCAGCUGCUAAGAGAUUUGACAGUUAACACCCCAUUGAGAUGAACUGGGCAGUUGACACCUCUGCUAGAAGUUGAUCCAAAGCCCUCUGAAGUUCAUAACAA